AUGAGUUCAACUAAAAAGCUAAUCAUAUAUAAUGAUCCAAAUAGUGCUCCAUGUAGAGCUGUUGUUUCAUUCUGCAAACUUAACAAUAUUCCAUUUGAAUUAGUUGAGACAUCAGUAGCUAAGAUGCAAGUAUUCUAGCCUGAGUUCAAGAAGAUCAAUCCAAUUCAACAAAUUCCCGCUAUAAAGGAGAUUGAUACUCAAACUGGCGAAGAAUGGACACUAGGUGAAAGUCAUGCAAUUCUCAGAUAUCUUAUUAAUACAAGGCAACUUCCUGAUCAUUGGUAUCCAAAGGAGCCAAGACUUAGAGCAAAGGUUGAUCAAUAUCUGGACUGGCAUCAUACUUUUCUAAGAUAAGGGUCCUCAAUUUUUGUAUUCAUGAAGCUUUUCGCACCUAAACUAUUCUAAAAGACACUCCCUGAGGAACAACUUAAAUUUUAAUUCACUUAUUUGACCAGAUCAUUAUCACUUAUGGAGAGAUGGUUAGCUUAAAGCAAGUAUUUAUGUGGAGAGCAAAUGACUAUUGCAGAUAUUUCAGCAGCUUGCGAAUUGAUUCAAACCAAAUUUAUUGCUUUUGAUCUUGCAAAAUGGCCUAAGGUACAGGCAUGGCUUAAACAUAUGGUUGAAGAAAAUCCAACAAUACUAGAGGUUCAUCAACCAUUUCUAAAGUUUGCUUCUGAGUUAACAGGACAAGCUAAAUUAUGA